UCUCGCAGUUUCAAUUAGUUUCAGUGGUACGACAAUGUCCAGUCGGCAUAGGACUCGAAACAGGCAGGAAAUAUUUAUCUGAAGAGAAGUGUCGCAGUCACGUAAAUGGAGAAUUAUUAUAUUAUGUUGCCGGUGCCAAAUGGUGUCAGCCCGAAGUAAACGGAUUUAUUUUAUUCAAAUCACAGUCCGCGGGGUAGCCUUCUUCUCUUUGCUGGUGCUUUGUUUACCCUUAGCCUGUGCUGAGAUGUAUCAACGAACUAAUAGGGGAUCCGAAGCUUUAAUUCUCAGUAAGUACAUUUUCACGUAGAUCUGUCGUUCUUGAUCCGAGGCCUUAAUUCCGAAUGCGAACACUUGCUCAUUGCAGAACUGCUUGUUUACGUUUUCAACUGGGUUUUGGGGAGGAUUUGGCAGCUGAUCACUCAGUUCGCGAGUACCCAUAUCGAUGGACUUGAUGCAAACGUCUUCCUCCAGAUGUAACUCUACAGCCGCUACACGGAAUGCUACAGUGGUACAAAUCUAAACAUCACCUCACAAUAUAGUUUCAGUCGUUUCAAAUGAAAAACAAACCGUAUCAACUGAAAUUGACGCCACCAUGGGAGAAAGAUGUUGGAUUCGGCCGCAAACCCAAAACCUACCGGAACAAUACAAAGAUCAUAGCAAAUCCUGGAUUUGUUAUGAAAGUAUUGCGCAGAAAGAGAAUAAUCAUGUUCAUAGCCUACUUUCUUCUUGUAGCUUUGACCAUGCUGAACCUGGCUAACUACAAAUGGACUAAAGAGCCACAACAAUGUAAUCAUCAAAUGCAGGGCACGACUUUUCAGAGCAGGUCUGAUAUGCGUUUUCUUUAUAAAGCCCCACAAACCAGAAAAAGACAGCUGAUCUACGUUUUGACGACCUGGCGAUCUGGGUCGUCCUUUUUCGGAGAACUGUUUAAUCAAAACCCAGAGGUGUUCUUCCUGUACGAGCCCAUGUGGCAUAUAUGGCAGAAGCUCUACCCCGGGGAUGCGGUGUCUCUUCAGGGGGCGGCCAGAGACAUGCUGAACUCCCUAUACCGUUGUGAUUUCUCGGUGUUUCAACUCUACAAUAGCCCCGGCGGCAAGAAUGUAACUUCUCUUGGAGUCUUCGGUGCCACUCUCAAUAAAGUCAUGUGCUCUUUGCCUCUUUGCACAGCAUACAGGAAAGAUGUGGUGGGAAUGGUGGAUGACAAGGUGUGUAAAAAAUGCCCCCCUCAGAGUCUUAGAGUGUUGGAAGAGGAGUGCUUGAAAUAUAACACAAUUGUAAUCAAGGGAGUACGCAUCUUGGAUGUCAACGUAUUGGCUCCCUUAAUGGAAGACCCUUCGUUAAACCUGAAAGUGAUUCAUUUGGUUAGGGACCCCAGGGCUGUCGCCAACUCAAGGAUUAAAUCAAGACACGGGCUGAUCCGUGAAAAUUUGCAGGUGGUACGCAGCAGAGACCCUAAACUUCGCCGUAUGCCAUUUGCAGAUCCGAAUCAUAAAGUUAAUAAAAAAGACGGCUCUGACUACCAUUCAAUUGGAGCCAUGGAAGUGAUAUGUGACCGUACAUCAAGAACUCUAAAAACCGCCAUAAAUCCGCCCAGCUGGUUUAAGGGGAAAUACAUGACUGUGCGUUACGAGGAUUUAGUAGAAAAUCCCAUCAAGGCAGUACGGAACAUUUAUCGCUUUGCCAAUCUUUCGGCAAAUCACGACAUUGAGUCUUUUGCCUUGAAUAUGACAAGCGGGACUAGUUCAUCUUCGAAACCGUUCAUCGUAUCAUCCAGGAAUGCAACGCAAGCUGCCAGUGCGUGGAGAACUGUCCUUAGUUUCCAGCAGAUUAAACAGGUUGAAGACUUUUGCCACCACUCGAUGUCUUUGCUUGGAUACAUUCGCGUCCGAACAUCUGGGGAUGCUAGAGAUUUGAGUAAAUCACUGCUGACAGUGCCCAAACUUUAACUUUGUUGCCACCAAAGACAGCAUGUCAGUCUCAAUGUAUCUAACUGUUGAUGUUAUUGACAACUUAUUUGGUCAUUUCAAAGGCGUUUAUUCGUAUGUGUUCUCGCACAUGCGUUGCUGGAAUAUUUCGUUCGGUUCAGCGUUAUUGUAAGUUUUGAGAAAACUAAUGUUAAUAGGACAGAUAUGUCAUCAGAAAGGAGUGGCAGAAAAGAAUGAGAAAAUCCUGUUGUGUCUUAUUCACAUUUACACCUUA